GACACAUAUCUUGCAGAAAAAAAUCAGGCGCAUGCCAGCGACGUGAGAUUGCGGUUUCAUCUGCAAAGUCCAAAUAUCAGUUUCUGGAUUCAAGUUGGAUUAGAGCGGCCUGUGACAAUUCAGAUUUAUGGACUGGAAGCCUACCGUCGAAGAAUCGGAUGUGUCAGUCUGGUUUCGCGACGACAAAAGCAUUAA